UUAAGGCAACACCUGCUUCAGGUUUGGGAUUUAACUGGCAACCUCAACAAACAGCACUUUGGGAGCCUGGAGCUUCACUGUUUGGUGAAAUGGUGCCUGGUUCUCUCUCUCUGACUGUAAGGCACUUUGUUGGAGUGUUUGGCUUCUGCUGCCUGCUCUUGCUCGGGAUCAGCACCAUGAUCAUGAGCAAACAGAAGCAUACCCAGAGUACACCCACAAUAGUCACUAUGAACGAUUUGAACAACAUGCUCAACUAUGGGGCCCGUACUGCAGUGAAGACGCAGACGGAGUGGAAGGCUCCGAUCAUGUGGGAGGGGAUGUGGGAUCCUCUGGACUACGACCGCAUCCACGCUGACAACCAGAGCUCUGUGGCCCUUACUGUGUUUGCUGUAGGAAGGUAUCUUGAGGCCUAUCUGGAGACCUUCCUUGUCUCUGCAGAAAAGCACUUUAUGGUGGGAUUCCCAGUCAUGUACUAUGUUUUUACCGACCAAACAGACAAAGUCCCCUUUAUCGCCAUGGGCCCUCACCGCUACAUUCGCACCAUCAAAGUGGAGCGGCACUCGCGGUGGCAGGAUAUUUCCAUGAUGCGAAUGAAAGCUAUAUCUGAAGUCAUCAUUUCAGAGAUACAGUACUUGUACUCUUACGUCUUCUGUUUUGAUGUGGACCAAAUAUUCACUGGCCGUUUUGGAUCGGAAGCUUUAGGUGAAUCAGUUGCCCUUCUCCACGCACAUUACUACAAGUUGCCAAAAAAUCUAUUCACUUACGACCACAAUCCAAAGUCCAAAGCCUACAUGGAGACUGGGGACUACUACUAUCAUGCUGCAAUUUUUGGAGGAACUUGGCAAAAUGUGAAAACUAUAGUCGAUGAGUGCCUAGCAAGCAUCAUGGAGGAUAAGAAGAAUGGUGUGGAAGCACGAUGGCACGAUGAAAGCCAUUUGAAUAAAUAUUUUUGGCUUCAUAAACCAACCAAGCUGCUGUCUCCCGAGUACUGCUGGGAUAAGAACCUGCCAAAGUCCGAUAUUAUUGUAAUGCGAUUAAUUUGGGCACCGAAAGAUUAUGACAGGCUACGGGCUCCUUAAAAACAAAGCAGACAACUCUAUCAGUGAGAUGUAUUUCCCUUGUGCCAGCUGCUAGCUGCAAGCCACCUUCAGAAUUGUCACCAGUAGAGAUGCGUAUUGUUAAGGAAUUGUCAUUGCUUUGUUUUUAGCAUAUAAUAAUUCAUUUCUCUGCUCAUUUAAGCCUGAUUUAUUUCAAAUUAAAAUAACCAAGCAGCCUAUUUUAAAAGAUUUAGCAGCACCAUUAAAAACACAAUUAUGAAACCACAUAUCGGUACCCUUCGCUAGUUACCAGUAGGAAUGGGAGUCACUAAAACCAUACAAUUUGCAGGUGUCUAAGCGAUCACCUUUACUAUUAUUUUUUUUGCUGCAAGUGAAAUUAACAAUGAAUUGACAACAUAUCUGUAGAUAAAUGAGUCCAGAGUCCAUUUAUUGUGUUAAUAAAUGGGUCAGUUAUAUAACUCUUGACUAUAAUAAAACGUAUGCACCAACCUGAGAAAGCCCAAACAAAAAGGAUAUGAUAAAGAAUAUGCUGACAUCGCAGCCAUCAGCAGUGGAAAAUGCUGUUAACAAGCACUAACCUAGCAAUAGCAAAGUUGACACAAACACAUACCAUUGUUCAUACAAAUCCCAACUAACACAAACUACAUUCAGUAGUUCAUUUCACAUGGUAUUUUAUUUAUGAUGGAUAUUUUCAGCUCAAGUUUGUCAAACAAUGCAGGAUGGUAAAUGUGCAUGCAAAUUGCUCGUGUUUGCCCUCAGAGCCAAGACUUUUUUUCAGCAGGCUCUGCAGAUUGGUGGCCAGAUCCACUGCCUGUCACCAUGAUGGUGAAGAACCAUCCUCAAUUCAGAAUAGGCAUAGGAGCUAAGAAGUUUCAUUGCUAUGAUAGAGGGGCCCCUUGUGGAUAAUCGUGUGCAAUGAUCAUGAUUAUUCAAAAAUGCCACAAACGAUUAAUUGCGAACGUUUUUGAUCAUGAAUAGUGAUAUGAUCAUACAUCGUCCCAUCUCUAGUCACCGGUGUUGGUGGUGACAUAUUGUAUAUCAGCUGUUGUUACUUCUUGUAGGCGUGGUCAACCUGAUGCACUUGGUAAGUCUGAGCAUGCCCUCUCGAUCCAGCGUUUUAACUUGCUGUCAACAGAUUCAAAUGCUGGAUCAGAAGGUGUGGUCAGUCUAGGUGACCUGAUUGUGAUGAUCCAUCUGGCUGACCACCCAUACAGGACAGGACACAUCUCAUUUAUGCCACGUCACUACCAACACUGGUGACAGUUCUGAGGACAGCUCACAGUUUGCAGUCAAAACAUGUCAAGGUAAAGUCAUCUUACUGAUAAAGUCAUCUGUCUAAAAGAAAAUCAAUGACUAUUGUAAAUGAAGACAAGAUGGAUUACCAAAGUAACAAUUUGCACUACAAUUUUGUGAUGUGAUGAAAGAACUAGAUAAAAUAAAAGGGCUUGUACCUGACUGUAAAUGUAGUUUAGUUAAGAUGAAUGCUGUUUAAAACUGUAUGGUAAAAACAGCUCAGGUACAGGCCCUUUAAGAAGGAUGCCAAUAUUUAAGAUUUAAGGUUAUAUGAUGUAACUUUUCUGUUUGGGAAACAGCUUGUCUCCAUGGAGAUUGUAUUGCUAGUUUGCCUUGUAUUUAAUCAAUAAUAGAAAAACAUGCUGUUUUGUCUCCCCCACAGAUCUAACUUGCUGUAUUUCAUAUAUAGCUAUAGAUAUAGAUAUAGAUAUAGAUAUAGAUAUAGAUAUAGAUAUAGAUAUAGAUAUAGAUAUAGAUAUAGAUAUAGAUAUAGACAUAGAUAUAGAUAAAUACGGCAGAACAGCGAGAGAAAGAGAGAGGUUUAAUGCUGCACUGUGAAACAUAGUUAAGAAAUCAUCAGUAACUUCUCAGUAAUUAAUGUUAUUUUAAGAUAUAAGUGACUGACUGUAAAACUUAACUAUGAAGUGUUCUCUUCAGCUCCACCAACUUGACUUGUAGAUGUUAGAUAUUGCUUUAAUAUUCUGGUGAAAUAUUUUCAGUUAUUCAUUAUUUCUUUUUCCGUUUACUCUGCUCCCUCUGAGCACAAAAACAGGUGGUUUUGAAUAUCCCAAGAUUGUUACCUUACUGGUAAAAGUCCAGAGGUCUCCUGCACUUGUACAGAUAUUAUGCAUUAUUUGUAUGGUUAUUGGCUUUAAACAUGGUACUGGGUAGCCUUGCUUUGCUAUUUCAUGGUUUAGAACUUAAAAUAAUAUAUACAGACAAUACACACCUUCCUGUAGUAAUUUUGCAAUACUGGGAACUGGGUUAUACAAGCAGUGAAGAUUACAGUACAUUUGAAAAAUCACAAAACACUUUUUUCAACAUGCUAACACGCAUGCAGUUGCAAUGAUGCGAUCUGAUGACAGACAUUUGACAGUAAGAUUGCCCAACCUAGUUGCAUUUUGCUUAUUCAAUAGUAAUUACCUCUGCUGCUUGUAAAUGGCCUCUUAACCUCAGAUCCAAGUACUUGCAGUUACAUGGGGUCUAUUGUCUGUAGUCAUUAUUUUAAGUUCUAAAACAUGAGAUUCCAAAACAGAAGUACUCAAAAGCGUGUCUAAAGGCCAAUAACAAAUAACCCAUAGUAUUUGUCCUUUAAAGACGGGGUAUUUUACUUUUAUGGGAUAUUAAAGAGUUGUUUUUUUUCCUCCAAUGGGUAUUAACUGCUUACACAUAAUUUUAUUUAAGUCACCAUGUUAGCUUUUUUACGUUUUAAAAAUGUUAUAUUUAUAUAUUUAUAAUAAGGUAUAACAUGGUAGAAAACUCAAAAAAGUUGAUUUUGCAUAAUGCCCUCUCUUUAAGGCCAACAACUACCCAGGGAACUAAUUGCUAUGAUUUUGUUUAGUUGUUCUCAUAUUUUGGUAUUGAAGAAUGUAUGUGUGCUUUUAAAGGAUACUGUAUGUGCUAUGAAUGUUGUUGUUUUGUUUGUUUGUUUGUUUGUUUUUUUGUAUAUUUUGCACUUAAUGACAAACCAAA